UCUGUGUGCCCCGGUGCAUUGUGGGAGCGAAGCUGAGUGGCGCAGGACUGGUGAGGCCGCCAUCUUGUCCCCUUCCCCUCCGUGCGUACCACCAGGCCGCUCUUUGCUGACCGUGCGGCCCCGGGGGAGUGUUGUGCCAUGGGCCGCUCCCGCAGUCGGAGCACUUCCCGCCCCAAGCACACCAAGAGUAGCAAACAUAACAAAAAGCGGAGCCGCUCCCGGGAGAAGGAGCGAGUGAGGAAGCGCUCCAAGGACCGGGAGAGCAAGAGGAACAAGCGGCGGGAAUCUCGCUCCAGGUCUCGCUCGAACACAGCUUCCAAGAGGGAGCGAGAAAGGCCCAUUACGCCGCCGGAGCGUCUCGACAUCUUCGGGCGCACGGUGAGCAAGAGGGGCAGCGUGGAUGAGAAGCAGAAGAGGGAGGAAGAGGAGAAGAAGAUGGAGUAUGAGCGCCAGAGGCGGAUUAGACAGCAAGAAAUUGAAGAAAAGCUCAUAGAGGAGGAGACAGCACGUCGUGUGGAAGAACUGGUUGCCAAGCGUGUGGAAGAAGAAUUGGAGAAGCGGAAAGAUGAAAUAGAACGGGAAGUUCUGCGCAGGGUUGAGGAAGCUAAGCGCAUCAUGGAAAAGCAGUUGCUCGAAGAACUCGAGCGACAGAGGCAGGCAGAGCUAGCUGCACAGAAAGCCAGAGAGGAAGAAGAAAAGGAAAAGCGUGAGGAGCUUGAGCGAAUACUUGAAGAAAAUAACCGUAAAAUUGCUGAAGCACAAGCUAAACUGGCUGAGGAGCAAUUGAAAAUUGUUGAAGAACAAAGAAAAAUACAUGAGGAAAGAAUGAAAUUAGAACAAGAGAGACAACGGCAACAAAAAGAAGAGCAAAAAAUUAUUUUGGGCAAGGGAAAGUCAAGGCCGAAAUUAUCUUUCUCAUUAAAAAGCCCAGAUUAAACAGCAUGAACUAUUUCCAAACCAAAACAAGACUGUAUGGUAGCUUCAUUUUAAAGUGUCUUUUUUUUUUUUUUUUCCUCUUUUUUUUUUUUAUGUCUGGAAUAUCAAAUAUCAUUUCUCAAAGGGGCUGUGCUCUAAACUCCGUAACAUUAUAUUUUUUUAUGUAUCAUUGUUUUUUUUUUUGUUCAAUGAAUUUGUAGUUAAAUUCUUAUCAGAUCAUUAAGCAGUUAAUACUGUUAAUUCUGUACUAAAGUGGACUGUAAGCAUUAGAUGCUGGGUACUCUGGGAUUUUGAGGGUCUGGGCAGCCAGACUUUAGGGCACCACCUUCUGUGGAGGUCUACUGGGUGGGUUAGAAAUCUUUGAUAGCAAAUGGUUUCUCACUGUCAGUGCAUUGGUAAUCUCUUCAACAUGGUUAGUGCAUGUUUGUUAAAAAUAAGCUUGCAUGUUCGCGCGAUGGAGAAAACAAAAAUCAGGAGGCUGCUGACCACCAUCUAAUGCCUGUGGUCAGCUUCAGCGCUUAUGCGCACAAUAAUUUUGUCUCUGAACCUGGGGCCAUCAUGACAGCUUCUGCAUUUAGGUCUUCAUGUUGUGGACACAGCUGAAUUUCAGCAUUUGGUGUCUCACCAGAAAAGAGAACGGUUCUAUAAGGUGCUUACUUUAUGUACUGCUUGAAGGAUCACCAAAUACAGUAGCAUCAUAUGACUCCUGGUACCGUGACGAGAGGCUUGGGAGUAUUAUGCUCCUUUUUUAAAUUGCUCUUCAUGAUCUGGUAAGCUUUUAACUAACCCCAGUGGCGUCAUUUUUUUUUCCACUGAUAGAAUACUAUUUGUGACAAUUUUUUAUAACAUUACCUGAAGUUUGCACCCAUAAAACUCCUCAGUAUUGGUGGAACAUUGUAGCGUAUUGUAACAUCAGUGUCCCCAUGAUGCUAUUCCACUUGCACUUGAAGUCCUGGUACAGGUAAGGAUACGGAUAGUCAAUAAAAUCACCUCAGAGUCUCUCUAGUUCUCAGUAUUGUCCAUGCAGAAUUGUUUUUAACUACGUUGAUGCAAUCUGACCCAAUUUUCCACAGUGUAAAUACAUCAAUUUGCUGAAUAAAGUCUUAAUUGCGUCA